AUGGAAGAAAAGAGCCAAAAGAUGCCAAAAGUAGUUGAACAAGUAGAAAGUUCAAUGCCACCGAAGUUCAAAAGAAAAACUCAAAGCACCAAAUACUCGUGGACAAAAAAAGAGGAUGCUGCAUUAGUUGAUUGCAUUGUUGAGUUGAGCAAAGAUUCAACUUGGAAGAGCAAGAAUGAUUUUCGAACUGUGUACUUAGUGCAUUUGGAAAAACUCAUGGUUGCUAAAUUGUCAUCAAGCAAUUUGAAGGCUACCCCUCAUAUCGAGUCAAGUGGAUUUGGGUGGAACGAUGUUGAAAAGUGUAUGAUUACAACAAAAUAUGUCUUUGAUGAUUGGAUUAAGAGUCAUCCAGCUGCUAUUGGUUUAAUGAACAAAGAGUUCCCCUACCUUUAUGACUUGAUGUCUGUGUGGGGGAAAGAUCGUGCCACAGGAGCUAAUGCAGAAACCCCUGCUGAUGCAGUAGAAGAGAUAAAUUUAUGCGAUGAAGAGGUUGACACGUUUAAUACAGAACCCCCUGUUGAAUGUUACAAAGAUGAAGAAUCUAAUGAUAUCAACCAAGCAAUAAGAAAAUCUGAGACUCCAGAUUCACCAAUUUAUCCGUCAAACAAGAAGUUAACCACUAGAAAGAGAAAGGGAAGGCUGAUGAUGUUCUAG